GUCGAACCGAACCGGCGAGCGUCGGCCAAGAAACUGAAACUGAAACGCUCAGUCGGCGCCUUCAACGGCAGAGCGCCAGCAGCGGCAGCGCAGCAGAAGCGGAGCAGAGCUAUGGAGGCGACAGCGACGCAGCGUCUGUUGGCACGCAGGCGCCGCGAAGGCAUCGCCCAAAGGAGCGUGCAGCAGCACCACCAGCAAGGGGUGGAGCGGUACAUGGGGGAUAAGAGCUACCGCACCCCUGGCGCCCUGAACCGGGGCCGGGGGACCGCUUCAGUCGCCAACACUGCCUCCACCUUUGUCGCCGUAGUGCGGCCCAGCAACACCUCCACCCGGAUCGGUGCCACACGCACCACCCAACGCAGCGCACACUCCGGCCGAAUGACGGUUGCAAAGCCGCCACGUCAGAUGCUCAACCCAAAGUCCUUGGCAAACUCCAAUCCCUACGAGAACAACAUCCCCAUCCGCGGGGAGCGACCUCUAGCCCAGCGGAGUAAGUUAGCCGACAACAAGACCCGCAACCGGCCUCUCGCCGAGCAAUUUCGUACAUCCUUUGGCCGCCAAGCUACCACCACGUUCACCCGCACCCGGACCACUGCCCCCCAUCCUACCGGCACCAAGACGCGCUGCAAUUUGAAGGCCAUCAAGCCCAAGGUCGACUGCCACUUGUGCCCUCCUUCAAAGAGUCACUGUCACGUCCAUAGACACGGCUACGCCCACUCCUCUAUGCCCAGCCCCCAAACCCUGCCAGGAGGUGGCCAGAACAAGACCCUGGCGGAGGCGCACGAGCAACUGGAGCUGAUGCUGACGCGGAUCGAGCGGGCGAACGAGUACCUGCCGCAGAUGCCGCUGUCAGGACUGCAUGCCGGCUGCUCACCCGCCGGCUCUACCCGUCAUGGGGCCCGCCGCUUGGGCCCUGGCCAGGGCCAGGGUGCGGCCAGGGUGGCAAAGGGACAGCGGCGGCAGUGGGCGCCAACACCACCGGCUCCAGCCGGGUCGCCGAUGGCUAGCGCAAGAGGAACCUAUUCCCAAGCGCAGAUGAAGAUCCGCAGCAGAGUAGUUCGGGAAUUGGGAGGCGGCUCAUCCGGUGACGGAUCCGGAACGCAGGACAAGGUCGAGAAGCCGACCGGCAUCGUACCGCUCACCUGCAAUCCGCAGCAUCUGCCGCCGGCGAAGCGGGAAGCGCUGAUAAAGCUGUUGCAGGGGGCAGACCAGCACGACAAGGGCAUCGUGGACAUUGUGCGGGGAGUGACGGGAGAUGCGCCACGGGACACCAUACUCAUGAUGCUCCAAAUGCUUCCCCUCAGCUUAAAGGACUCACCCUAUGCUGAAAAAUUCUGGGAAGGACACCGAUAUCUGAAGGAGUGCCAGGAGCUGCGCCCGAAGAUUCGAACCGAGGAGCGCUUCAAGGAUGGUAAGUUACCGCACAGCCCCGACGGACACAACUAUUUUUCGCGCAACCUGGAGGACGAGCUGAAAGACGAGAAGCUGGCGCUGGAAUACAUGGAGUUGGAGAUGCGCAGACGGCACCAACACUCAAUAGUGCCCCCGGCUAUAGAACCUGACGGUGAGAAUCCUCUGAACGAGCGGCAGGAGCAGGCAAUGCGGGAGCGGGCGGAGCUGGAGGAGCACAAGCAGAAGGUGACCCAGUGCCGAGAGCGACGACGACAGCGGGAGUUCAAGAAACAUAUGGUCGAGCUGAUCAAAGAGCAGACGGACAACGGUCAUGCCACAGAUGCCAACCUUAGGAUUCAAGCGGACGACGUGAAGCAGGAACGCAAACCGAUCCAACUUAAGGAUCCUCUUUCCGCCGUCGUCCCCUCCGAUCCUUGGGAGCAGCUCUGUUGGGAACGGAAUCGGUUCCAAGCCCAAUGCAAGGGCAGUUGCUUCUACAGUCAUUCGCGUAGCCCUGCGCCCUGGAAGGUAUAUGCCAAAGUGGCUGCGAGCCUCAGCACUCAUUUAAUGGAGAGCAUCGAUGUUGAUUUCAAUCGCAGCGUGGCCAGCUACAUCAAAGACUUUGUGGCAGGAGGAUUGACUAUAUAGAAGUAGAUUUAGUGAUAGAUCAUGCCCGAAUCUUUCCGGAUAGAGUGCACUCAAAUUUUAAACAGAUUUCUAAGAACAUAACGCAAGUAUUUUUAUGGUCUAUCCCUUUUCUAAACUUUUAUCAGAUAUUAGGAUAUGCGUUGCAUGUCGGUUCCUUCAAAAAAUUGAAAGUGUACAGAAAUUUUGAUACCUGAAAAAUUCGGUGGUUGCAUAGAAAAUACAAAUUAUUGUAAGUAGUAUUUAUAUGUUGUUUUGAGUCUAAAGCCUAAAAAACACACAGAUAAACAUAAAAUAGUA